AUGUGGGCGUCGUACUGUUCGCUCCUCGUGCCGCUGCUUCUUUCUCCAUCUUUCGCUUCUAUCUCUUCCAUUAAUUCAUUCUCACCCAUUAAUCUCGUUCCCUGUGAUCCAAAUUAUGAGCAACGCAACUCCAGUACCGGCCAAUGCGACUGUCGUGAGGGUUUUAGUGGCUUUGGCUGUCGCAUGUGUACAACCAGUGGCUCUUUGACUUCCUCUGACGUCUGUAGCUCAACCUUUGGCCCAGAUUAUAUGUGCGUUACUGGACUAAAAUAUGACGCACACGCGUCAGUCAAGACAUACGGAUGUAUGCUGUCCACGGAUUUACAGACACUAUUUCCAGAUGGGGCACUGGACGUGCGUUGCGAUCGUGACGAGAAUGAAGUGGCAAAUUGUUUAGCUGCAAUUUUUAAAGCCAAGGAAACAGUUCACAGUGUGCACGUCAUUGACUGCAACCUUUCACAAUGUGUUUUUGCUACGGGAGAAGCCAGUGGAAAAUGUGCUCAGAUUGAUUGCAAAUGCGGCCCACAAUGCUCCGCAAUGACCAAAGCUCUCGUGGAAAACACACUUAGUGGCAAACCUGCUACGAUUCAGGUCACGAACAUGACACAACUAUCAAUUGUUAUUAAAGACUCGCCGAUUCCGCUUUCUGCAACGUGCACGGCUUCAGCGUGCGAACGUGCAGCAAGUGGCGGUGGUAGCGCGUCGGGAGGUGGGAGUUCUAGUGGAGAUUCGGAUAGAGUGAAUGGCCUUUGGGUCACCAUUGCAGCUUGUGCAGCGCUGACUGCUACUUUACUACUUUGUGGAUGUGCCUGCUCGUGCUGUCUAACUGUGAGCAUUUCGCGCGGACAGAAGGAAAAUGUGGAGGCGGAACUACUAAAAAUUACGUCACGCUCAGCAGGUAAACUUGAGUUUCGCCAUGUAAGCUGCUACGCGAAUAGUGACAAAUUGUCUGAGGCUUUGUCGAGUCAUCCCAAACGCAUUUUGCACAAGAUCUCGGGGAGCGUGUCACGUGGCCAGGUGCUCGGUUUGCUGGGUCCCAGUGGAUCCGGCAAAACGACCCUGCUAAAUGCUCUCGCAGCGGUUGAAAAUGGACUAUCACAAUUUACUGGCGAGUUGUUACUGGAUACCAAGCGGUUGUCAAACGGAUACCGCCGUAUUGCUGCCUAUGUGCAGCAAGAUGAUUCGCUGUACUCAACGCUCACUGUGCGUGAAUGCAUUUCGUACUCGGCGCAGCUUCGUCUAUGUGCGACACUGUCUGAUGAAGCAAAGAAUGCAAUGGUUGAUCGAGUCAUUGCAGAGCUUAAUCUUAGCCAUGUUGCAAAUUCGCGCAUUGGGUCUGCUGGAGGAAGUAGCGGUCAGCGCGGGAUAUCUGGGGGCGAAAGAAGACGUGUGAGCAUUGGCAUGGAGCUUGUAACAUCCCCUCAGAUUCUCAUCCUUGACGAGCCUACGUCUGGACUAGACAGCUCAUCGGCGCAUUCGGUUGUACAGCUCGUGAAGGAUUUGGCAGGCCACGGACGCAUCGUGGUUCUAAGUAUCCACCAACCGAGCGCACGAUCUUUCGUGCUGCUUGACAAGAUCAUGCUGCUUGGGAAAGGAAAACUGCUUUAUAGUGGAGGGCCUGUGGAGUCUAAGAAAUACUUUCAAGAUCUCGGUUUUAAGUGUCCAGAGCACGAGAACAUUGCGGAUUUUAUUCUUGACAUUGCGUCCGAUACAAGGAACAUUCCGAUGAUUCGGUGUCACAUGAAACAAGAGCUGUCCCUACUCUCUACACAACCCGCAAAAGAACUUUCAGGCUCUGAUUUUCGUCUGCAGAACAGUCUAUCGCGGUCCACAAUUGGCAGUCCUAUGACACAGGCAGAGACAUCGCCGUUCAUGGAGGAGGAUCUGUUGCUAGACAUUCCGCAAUCAGAGAAUUUGCUGGCUUUACCAGUCGAAAAGGAAACACUUAAAGAACCAAGCACACUUAGGAAACCAGCGACAUAUGGAAGACCGCAUAGCUCGCCACCCCUGUCUAACGCUGCAACGAGAACAGAUCCAAUUGGUUACGAUGUGAAGACCCCGUCCCAUUCAGUCCUUGUUGAGAUUCGCGUGCUCUUUGCACGUACGGCGCAGAAUAUUUUUCGUCAUCGGUCGUUGCUCGUGCUGCAUAUUGCGCUGAGUUUUUCGUUAGCUCUGUUUGGUGGACUGAUCUUCAAUCACGUUACCAACGACCUCGCUGGAUUUCAGAACCGCAUGGGCGCAUUCUAUUUCAUCCUCACAUUUUUUGGCUUUGCGAGCAUGAGUUCCAUGGACCUGUUCAUCAGCGAACGCCCAAUCUUCCUUCGUGAGGCUGGCGCGAUGUACUACGGAGCAUUUAGCUACUUCCUCGCCAAGGCCACGUUGGACACGUUGUUGUUGCGAAUAUUGCCAGCUUCACUCUUUGCUAGCAUCUUCUACUGGAUUAUGGGACUUCAAGCCUCGACAGCGCGCUUUCUAUUGUUUUCUCUUACGUUGGUGCUGUUCAACGUCGCUGCUGGCGCAAUCUGUCUACUUGUGGGUGUAUUAUCAAGGCGUGUUGGGUCUGCGAACCUUAUUGCAACUGUGGUUCUUCUUGUCAUGUUGCUGUUUGGCGGUUUCUUGCUCAACUCGCAAACGAUGCCAACGUCAGUGGGCUGGUUGAAACACCUCUCCAUCUUCAGCUACGCAUUUGAGAUCCUCAUGACAAACGAAUUGAAGGGCCUGAUUUUGAAGUUCGACGCUCCUGGGUAUCCAGCCGUGCCCGUCUACGGUGAAGUUUACCUCAAGACUCUCGGUAUGGACUAUGCAAACCGCUACUAUGACGUUGUAGCUCUCGCUCUUAUUGCAAUGAGCCUGCAAGUACUUGCUUUCUUGUUUUUGUCACUGCAAGUGCCACUCCACCGUGACAUAGCUGAAGAUGACGAAUACGCAUUACCGCGAUGCAAAGAAGAGGUGUAG